CCACUAUUACAAGAGCACGUUGCACAGACUCUGGCGACUGGCGUCAACUUCAAGUUACGUUUUAAAUUUACAUUUGACAAUAUUUUUUAUGUGAUAAAAUGGGCGAAGCACGUGGUGUGGAGUGCUUGUGGGGCGAUCUUGAAAAUCAUCCUCAAUGUCCUCACGGGCCAACAUUACUGUUUGGUAGAUAUUGCGCGAGUGAAUUACAUAAAUUUUACGCGUGUUCUGCCUGUCGUGACAGAAAAAUGUGCAAUUUCUACCUGGAGUAUGGGAAAGAACUGUUAAAGUCUCAGAGAAGGGUAUGGGAGCAGGAAAAGAAAAAGCUUGCCCAAUCUUAUCGUCAUCAAAAAUUGUACAUUCGUCUUAACGAGAUUAAAGUUGGACUCCCGAAAAGAAGAUGCUAUUGCCACAGUUGUGAGAAAUUGAUAUUUAGCUUUGAGAAAAGUAAGCACGCCAAUCAUGAGGUUACGGAGAACGUAACGGAUUAUCAACUGCAGCAUCCAACGGAGCUCCUGAGACCUCUGGGUAACGUAAAGAAGGAAGCACAAUACUUAUUCUCAAGGAAAUCUACGGAGGAUAUAACAAACAUGCUUCUGAAGCUUGGAGCUAAGCAGGUUCUUUGUAUCGGGACGCCGAGAAUACAUGAAUAUAUAACCGAACACCAUAGCGACAAAAUAUCCUCGCUCCUUUUAGACAUCGAUGGAAGAUUUCAUAACUUUUUUGGACCACUGGAGUAUUGUUGGUACAAUCUUUUCAACCAUCACUUUUUCAAGAGAGAUGCAGUUAAUGUUUUCAGGGAUUUUAUUACUCAAACUAAGGGAAGAGACACUUACUUGAUAUGCGAUCCUCCAUUUGGGGGUCGUGUAGAGCCUAUCUCGUACACAUUAAAAACGAUAUCCGACCUGCACAAAGAACUGAAUGGGAAUGACGAUGAAAAUUUAGCAACCUUGAAAAUCAUGUUUAUAUUCCCAUAUUUUAUGGAGCAUAUUAUGAAAGAAAAGAGCAAUCCGCCGUCAGUGCCUGGUGGUUUGAAGGACUUAAAAAUGUCUGAUUAUAAAGUGGAUUAUGACAAUCAUCCAUUGUUCGUGUCGGGGGAGCAGGGCAAACAACGGGGUUCGCCAGUUAGAAUAUUCACAAAUAUACCAUUAAAGUUAUUGGAGCUUCCUGCGUCUGAUGGAUACAAAUUUUGCCAAUAUUGCAAGAAAUGGGUUUCCAAGGAAAAUAGCCACUGUAAAAAAUGUAAAGAUUGUACUUCAAAGGAUGGUCGAACUUACAAGCAUUGCGAUAUGUGCGAGCGAUGCGUAAAGCCUACUUGGAAGCAUUGCGACAGGUGCAAAAGGUGCACGUUAGAAAACCAUACAUGCGGUAUCAUACCAAUCAUAGGCAAAUGUUUUAAGUGUGAUAAAUUAGGUCAUACUGAAAAAAAGUGUCCCAAUAUACCUCUAAUUAAGAUCGCAAAUUUAAAGACAAGUAAGAUUGCUAAAAAACGCAAAGUAGAGGGCGAAUUAAAAAUCUCUCCAGUUAAGAAAGCAAAAGUUGCACGUAUGAAAACAGUUGUUGAACAAAAAAUUUCCAGAACUGAUAAGGAGAAAGGUCCAGUAUUAAAAAAGAACAAAAUGUCUAAGAACAAAAAAGCAGUAAGCGGAAUAAAAUAACAAAGAAAUUCGAGGAAAA